GCCGCAUCAUGGACCUGUGGCACCAGCACGAGGUGGAAAGCGUGCUCCAGCAUCUGCUCUCCAACCCCGAGGCGGUGCUGCCCUUGCCGACCCCCCUGUUCGUGGCCGCGCUCGAGGCGUUGUGCCGCUUCUCGGUGCCGAAGGAGGUGCCGCUCAGGCUCGUGGCGGCGUUCCUCGACCGCGUCGACCGCGGCGAGAGAGAGGUGCAAGGUGAGCAGUGGGUUGACCUGCUGUGUUCCAUCCGGCCGCUGGACGAGGCCCCCUCGUGGGAGCGAGCGACGCCGAGGAUCAUCCAGCACCUGGUGCCGCACCUCGAGGCACUGCCGCCAGAGGCGCUGGCCGGCCUGCUGGCGUCGCUGGCUUCGGGGCCCAUCCCUGCCGCGGACCCUGGCGUGCUCGCGGCGGAGGGCGUG